AUGCCGGCAGACGCGCUGCGUGAGAAGCCGGUUGUCCAGGCUGCUGUGAAUACCUCGGAAGGGUGCAAGAACUUCUUCAAGACAUUGGAUGCAAGGAUCGAAGCGGUAGAUUCCUUGCUCACAGUCGGCCUUGAUCCGCACAUCGCGGACCUCCCGUCGCCAGCCACAGCUGAGCGUGCCUUUGUAUUUUGUGAACGCAUCAUCAGGGAAACUCUUCCUUUUACGUGUUGUUACAAACCGAACAGCGCGUUUUUUGAGGCAUUUGGUCCCCCGGGUUUGCAGGCACUCGAGAGAGUCUGCGCGCUGAUUCCCGACGAUGUUCCUAUUCUUCUAGACGCCAAAAGAGGGGACAUAGGAUCGACGGCGCAAGCCUACGCAUCUUCGGCUUUUGACGCGUUCAAGGCGGACGGUGUCACCGUCAACGCCUACAUGGGCAGAGAAGCAGUUCGACCGUUUCUGUCGUAUCGAAACAAAGGCGUAUUUGUACUUGUGAAGACGUCGAAUCAAUCGUCCAACGAGUUUCAGACCCUGCCAGUGAGGGUGGAGUCAAGCUCCGACACUCAGGAUGUCCCGCUGUAUGUACAGAUGGCCAGAGUUUGCAACGAACUUGCCCAAGAAUGCGUUUCUGAGGAAGACUCUCCAUCCACGACUGGACAUGGCCUCCGUCAUAAUGCGUCGGGCGGUGGUGUCGGACUCGUAGUAGGAGCAACAGAUAUAGAAGCUCUUCGCGAGGUGCGAAAGGCAUGCCCGGACCUUUAUAUUCUUGCUCCCGGAGUCGGUGCCCAAGGAGCGGACCUCGAGAGGGCCUUGAGUGCCGGUCUCUGCAAGGACGGCAAAGGGAUGCUUAUUCCCGUCUCUCGUGGCAUAUCACGAGCGGAGAAUUUAGCUGCCCAAGCUAACGCAUACAGAGAACAGAUCAAUGAAGUCAGAAGAGGCAUUGUCCAGCAGUACGAGGAAAGCUGA